AUGGCUGAGAGUUCCAUGGUUAUUGAUUCAGUUGAGGAAAAUCUGGGUGGGCCGGAGACCCAAAUGGGUGUUCCUGAAGUUCUUCAGCUGGAACUGAGAUUCCUGUUGAGGUUAAUGCAACUCCAGAAAUCAUGUAAGGAGGCUGGUCAAGAUGCUAACUUUCGGGGUGCAGGUGAUUGGAUUUUUGUUAUGUUGAAAAAGGCUGGACUUUCUGAGGCAAUGAUAUUAGACCAUGCUAAGGUGAGAGGUUUUCUUCCUUUUGCUCCAAUUUUGUUAAACAAAUAUGAACAGUUUGAGCCCAAGAUUAAAGCGAUGUGUGCUGUCUCGUUGGAUUCAUUACUGUCCAUGCCUUUCUCGAGUGAUGAGUUCCUGAGAUUCUUCGAUUGUCUUGUUGAGAGUUUCAUGGAUCUUGUAAACUUGAAAGCUUAUACUGCUGGUUUCACUAAGAACCAAAUCAUGGUUAAUAGGGGAAAGCUGAGUUUCCUUAGAACCCUUUUAGAUUUCUCUGCAAAAAGAUGCAUUGACCCUCAGAUACUGCAACAAUUCUUGUCUUAUGUAAGGGUUGUAGUGCACGAUGCCGCUUUUUCGUUCCUUUCUUUGUUGCUUAAAGGAAAGGAGGCAGCAAUGGCUCAAGGACUGGAAGCUAUUUCUAAUAAUCUACUGCAGAGGUUGAUGCCUUGCACUCUAGGGACUGUGAAGAUGUUUGUUAGCCUCUUGAAAGCUUCAAAGUCAUCAAGAUUUUACAAGUUUCAAGUUCUUCAAGUUGUUGUCAGCCUUACUGAUUUCAUACUAGAAGCUGCUGUAGUCGAUCCUUUGAAGGAUCAAGUUGGCAUCCUUAGGGAGGGUUUGAUAUUCAUGUUAACUUUCGUCAUGAGUCCACCGGAGGAAGCUGUAAAUGGUGCUGGAGAGGCCCUUAUCCUGGUAAUCGAUCAUGUUAUCGAUGAGGUGCUGUCUCGAGUUCUCUCACUUGACAUGACCAGAUCAAAAGAGGAUAUUUCUAGCCUCCAUGAAAAGAUUCAUGAUGUGAAGGAAAAAGUUAGAAUCCUUUAUGCCCCGGUUUUGAGUUCAUCAGGCUUCAGUUCUCCAAUGACAGGUGGUAUGCAAUGGAUCGAUUUCUUCUUGGAGAAUUUGAAGGAAAUGGUGAAACGUAAUCCUGAUAAACUAGCUUCUGUGGAGCACCAAAUUGUGAUCAUCCUUGAUGAGCUUCUUGUGCUCAAACCUUUUCUCAAAGGUAUCAUAGAGCUGCUAAAAGAAAGAGAGGACCUUAAAAACCUUUGGAAACAAAUCAACAAUUUACUGUUCUUGGCAGAACAUGUCAUCAGCUCAUGUUUAAUCGUAGAGCAUCCUAUCUGGUAUGAUAUGUUACAGCUUUCCAAUGUAAAGAACGCAAUCAAGCUCAUUGAAAUUGUGGUGAAGAAGUACGAUUGUCAAAUGUCCGAGACUAUCUCUAGUCACAUCCCAACUAGGCAGGUAAAUACUUCAAACUUUGAAAAUGCUGUGGUGGGUUGUAAAGAUGAAAUAGCGACGAUGAUUGGGAAGCUUAGAACAGGAACAACACAACUUGAUAUUGUCUCUGUUGUAGGUAUGCCCGGUCUAGGCAAGAGUACCAUAGCUGAAAAAGUGUACAAUGAUCCAUGUAUCAAAUAUUACUUCCACAUACGUGCAUGGUGUUGUGUUCCACAAGUUCAUGAUCUUUCGCAAGUUUAUGAUCUUAGAGACUUGUACUUUGACAUUUUGUAUGAUGUCACUGGUCGUGAUGCUCGAGAAUUCGAGUACUCUGAUGAUGGUUUCCGUGCAGAACUUAAGAAAAGAUUGAAGGGACGAAAGUAUCUCAUUGUUUUGGAUGACAUGUGGAAUAUUGAGACAUGGGAUGGCUUGAAAGAUUCAUUUCCAGAUGACAACAAUGGAAGUAGAAUUAUAAUUAUUAGCCGAAUCCCUGAUUUGUUGCCAAAAAUGAAGGAGGUUAAUUGUAGUCCCAUUCUUCUUUGGCCGCUUUCUGAUGAGGAGAGUUGGGAGUUAUUAAAAUGGAAGCUAGCAUGGACGCAUAAUUCCCCUCCUAAUGAUGAAUUAUCAAUAAUAGGUCCAUUCGUGCAUUCGCUGAUUCUUGUUGGUGAUGAUGAAACAGCAUAUGAGCUUCAGUGUCCCCCAGCUUUUUUUGAUCAUUUUAAGCAUCUUAAUGUGUUGGACUUGGAGCGCAUAAAUGUAACAGGUUCCUUUCCUAAAGAAGUGACAUUGAUGGUUCAUUUGAGAUACCUAGCGAUUUUCUGCAGCAAAGCUGGAGAAAUUCCAUCAUCCAUUGUCAAUCUGUGGAAUUUGGAAACCAUAAUUGUCAAAUGUUGGACAUGGAUUCAGUUGCCAAGAGCUUUUCUGCAGAUGAAAAGCUUGAGGCAUGUACAUAUUACUAAGCUGGUUUGUGGAAAUCUCGAGGAUCACGAGUAUGGUCAAUUAAAUCACUUGGAGAGUUUGUCAACACUGAUUAUUGAUUCGAGAGGUGCUGCAAAGGAGCUAUUGAAAAGGUUGUCUGGGAUUCGGAAGCUUAAGUAUGAAUACGACUACAGAGAAUUCUGUAUGAGUCCUUGUAAGUCUCCAGAACUGAGCCAGGAUUGUCCUAAGUUUCUAAAUGGCAUUGCGAAUCUUAAGUUUCCAGAACUGAGCCACGUGACUCAUCUUGAAUCAUUGGCCGUGGAGAAUAUAGAUUAUUGUGCCACGAAAUGGGAUCAGAUUCCAUCUUUUGGCAUCCCAAAUAGUCUCAAAAAAAUGACCCUGAUUGGGUUGAUGCUGCCAUGGAAUGUAACAGCAAUCAUCGGUCAGUUGCCUAAACUAGAAGUCCUCAAGUUAAGAGGACAAGCAUUUUCCGGGAAAAAAUGGGAAGGAAGAAGAUGGGACGUGAAAGAUGGUGAAUUCUUGAGUCUCAAGUACUUACAACUUCGUGAUUUGGAUGUUAAAGAAUGGACAGUCCAAGAUGAACCGUUCCUAAGCCUGGAACGACUUAUUGUAUCCAACUUGCACCACCUUGUUGAGAUUCCAUCUGGGUUGGGAUAUAUUAAAACCUUGAAGAUGAUCAAGAUGGAUAGUUGCUCAGAUACCUCGAGAAGAUCAGCCAGGGGAAUCCUCAAGGAACAACAAGAAAUUGGAAAUGAUGUCCUUGAAGUUUUUGUUGACGACGCCAUUGAUGAGGAAGAGUUUGAGAGGAGGAUGUUGAAGCAUGGGAAAUCAAAGUUGCUGGACAUGUGA